AUGAUCUCAAUCAACAAGCAAACCGAAAUUAUAUCUCGAUUCGUGAUAAACCAAUAUAAUAGACAGAUUAAAAAUAAUAACAGGAAUCUUCAAAAACCAUUAAUUAUAGGUAUAAAUGGACCCCAAGGAAGUGGAAAAACGACCACCUGUGAACAAGUAGUCACAGAAGUAUCGCAAAAAUUGAAAAACAACGUAAUAACAUUCUCAAUCGAUGACUUUUACCUAACACACAAUGAUCGAGAAGCGAUCUCACGUGCCAAUCAUGGUAAUAAAUUACUCGAACUUCGUGGCCUUCCUGGCACACAUGAUAUCAAAUUAGGUACCCUUACAUUCCAAUCACUUUGUGAACAACAACCCACCAGAAUACCGCACUAUGAUAAAUCUUUACAUAAUGGUCGUGGAGAUCGUGCACCAGUCUCAACAUGGGCUCUGAUUUCUCCUCCAGUUUCAAUUGUACUAUUCGAGGGAUGGUCUUUGGGAUUUAAACAUUUACCAGAAACGCGUCUAAAACAAAUUUAUGAAUCAUCUUUGAAGAGUUCAUCAAACUCUCAUUUACCAUCACAUAAGCUGGAGCAUCUUGUAUCUGUUAAUAAUUUUCUAGAGAAAUAUGAACGCGAAUGGUAUCCGUUUAUCGACGCUUUUAUACAUCUCGAUGCCAAAGACAUUAAUUACGUAUAUAAAUGGCGAUUGCAACAAGAACAUACGAUGCGUAAACGAGGAUUAUCGGGAAUGUCGGAUGCUGAGGUCAGUGAUUUUGUGGAUCGAUAUAUGCCCGCUUAUGAGCUUUAUUUGCCUGCUUUGCGUGAUAAAUGUUGGUUUUGUAUUGAUGAUUGGAAUAAAGAUCACGCGGAGGGAUUGCAUGAAGGAAAAUCUUUGAGAAUUUUAUUGGAUAGAAAUCGGCAAGUCGUUAAAGAGACAGAUUAA